AAGCUUGGACCAACGAGACAAAGAAAGCAGACUUCUGUAAGCGGUACAAGAUUUCCAAGAGAAAUAUGGAAUCCAUUACAGAAUUGCGAAAAUUAGUAUUGCACCAUUUAAAAUUAUCUGGAUACAUUCAAGACAACAACGAAUUUAAUAAUGAAAACGCCACAAAUUGGGAAGUACUGAAAUGCUGCAUAGUGGCUGGCAUGUACCCGAACAUUUGCCAUGCAAAUUCCUAUUGCGAUACAUUCGAUUCGGAAAAGUCCCCCAACAUGAAAAUCGAUUGGUCUUCAGUGGUCCAUGAUCGUGAUUUGAAUUCAAUCGGAACAGAAUGGUUAACAUACGGACAAAAGAAGCGCAUUGGCAACAACAUUUAUGUUGGCAAUUUGACCAUAGUGCCGAUAAUUGAUUUGAUUUUUUUUGCUGGUUCAUUAAACGCAACAAUUUCUGAUGAUGGUACUUCAUUUGAAAUUGAUAAAUUUAUUCAGUGUAUUGUAGAUAAAAGGGAUGGUCCACUUUUGAAUAAUAUUCGUAAGAAGUUGAACGUAAUUUUUAAUAAAUUUCUUAAAAAUGAAGUACUAUCCAUCAAUGAAAAGUCCAUUUUAGAAACAGUAGUCGAUACAGUAAAAAAAGAGGAUACCAUUGAAAAAUACAUAGAUAGAGAAAUUUCAAUGCAUUGAAUUUUUUGGAUUUUUUUGUCCCGUUUUUUACGAUUCUUUACCGUUCUUUACAAUUACCGACAAUUCGCGACAAUUAUUCAUGUAAACGCAUAUACGCGCAUAUAAAAUCUAGAACAUACGAGAACAUAAAUAUAAAUAAAUAAACUGCGAUAGACUCAUUCCACUCGAUAUUAUUAAAAUACAUCCGUAUACAUCGACAUACAUAUUUUUCGACA